AUGCAGCGGCAAUUCCGAGCAGGACUCCUGGUGACUAGCCUGGCUGCCCUGGGCUCCGUGGCCCUGUGGUUCUCGCAGGCACCGCGAUCCUUUGUCUCAGCGCAGCUCCCAGGUCUCAAUGCUCUUUGCGUCACGCGUGGGGCGGAGGAAAAGUCCCUGGUAGCCUGCCACUCCGAGACGGAGGGCCGCGAGUGGAAGGGUAGCUCGAGGUACCCCCGCUAUGAAGGCUUCGUGUUCCGCCGCAAGAAGAGAAAGGGCAUGCGUCUUCGCCUGGCGCGCUGGGGCAGCAAGCACAAGCCCGAGUUCCGAAUCCAUGCCGUCUUUGGCAAGCAUCUGGGGCACAAGAGUGGUCGCUUCAACGAGGUCUGCGGUUUCUAUGAUCCUCUGCGCGAGUUUGACGAUCCCUGGGCCUUCAAGAUCAAAGCAGACCGAUGUGUCUAUUGGCUCAGGAAGGGGGCGCAGCCCACUCCUCAAGUGGCCAAUCUGCUGGAUAUUGCAGGGAUCAUCCGCAGGACGGGCGUGGAGUCGAGGAUGGGCGAAUGGGAGUGGCGCGUCGAUCCAAUGUCCGGCCCGGAGGCGCCUGAGGGCUGGAAGUAUGAUGGACCUCAUUCGGUGACUUGGGGCAACAAGCCAAAGGUGCACAACCAUAAAGGACAGGUGAACGUUGACGUGGAGAAGAUCCGCAAGAUUCCGCUGAUUGAAAGGUACGGCUUCCGUGGCUACACCCGCAUCCCAGUGGACGAAGUGGCGCUCUCCGAUCCACUGUCCAAGUCGCCCCUGUUGGAGUCCUUCCCAAACACCGAGCUGCCGGUGUACGAGUGA